UCUGACGAAAUACUUCCCGCUGUGAUGAUGGAUGUCAUACAAAUCUUCCUUUCCCUGGCUGGCAUAGUGAUCGUCAUUGCCAUUGUCAACCCAUUGUUCCUCAUCCCAACCGUAGCUUUGGGCAUCAUUUUCUACCAACUACGUACUUUCUAUCUUAAAACGUCAAGGGAUGUUAAGCGUUUGGAAGCAAUAACUCGAUCUCCAGUUUAUUCACACUUGGCUGCCUCGUUAACCGGGUUGUCCACCAUCCGUGCCUUUGGAGCUCAGCGUGUUUUGGCCUCCGAAUUUAACAACUACCAGGACAUGCACAGCUCCGCAUUCUACAUGUUCAUUAGCACCUCGCGUGCCUUUGGUUAUUGGUUGGACUGUUUUUGUGUAAUCUACAUAGCAAUCAUCACACUAAGUUUCUUCAUCUUCCCUCCGGCCAAUGGAGGCGAUGUGGGUCUGGCCAUAACACAGGAAAUGGGAAUGACCGGCAUGGUGCAGUGGGGAAUGCGUCAGUCUGCCGAGCUGGAAAACACAAUGACUGCCGUUGAGCGAGUGGUUGAGUACGAGGACAUUGAGCCGGAGGGAGAAUUGGAAGCGACGACUGAUAAGAAGCCACCCAAGUCCUGGCCAGAGCAAGGAAAAAUCGUGUUCGAUGAGCUGAGCUUGCGCUACACACCCGAUCCGAAAGCAGAAAAUGUACUUAAAUCACUGAGUUUUGUAAUAUUGCCAAAGGAAAAGGUCGGGAUCGUGGGAAGAACGGGGGCGGGCAAGUCCUCGUUGAUCAACGCCCUUUUCCGUCUGUCUUACAAUGAUGGAACUAUCCUGUUGGACAAGAGGGAUACAAGUGAGAUGGGUCUGCAUGACCUGCGCAGCAAGAGCCGGGUUCCUGGGGAAUGAUGGAGCAUCAUUCCCCAGGAACCCGUGCUCUUCUCCGGCACAAUGCGUUAUAACUUGGAUCCCUUCGACGAGUACAGCGAUGAGAAGCUGUGGCGCUCCCUGGAGGAGGUGAAGCUGAAGGAAGUGGUGGCCGAUCUGCCCAGUGGCCUGCAGAGUAAGAUCACCGAAGGUGGCACCAACUUCAGCGUGGGUCAGCGCCAGUUGGUCUGCUUGGCACGGGCCAUUCUGCGCGAGAACCGCAUCUUGGUGAUGGACGAGGCCACGGCCAAUGUGGAUCCGCAAACGGAUGGACUCAUCCAGGCCACCAUUCGCAACAAGUUCAAGGAGUGCACGGUCCUGACGAUAGCCCAUCGACUGCACACCAUCAUGGACUCCGACAAGGUGCUCGUCAUGGAUGCGGGACGAGCUGUGGAGCUUGGAACGCCCUACGAACUUUUGACGGCGGCGGAUUCCAAGGUGUUCCACGGCAUGGUCAAGCAGACGGGUCACGCCACCUACGAGGGCCUGCUUAAAGUCGCACAAAAGGCAUUUGAAACCGCCCAGAAUCGCAGUCUUUCCUCAUGAGACUCAGCUGUUACUUAAAUGAUGUCCUACUAAUUACGCCGAGGUGCUUGUCGCCGAAUCUUUAGCUGUUUGUAACUAAUUUAACUAAUGUAUAUGGUUUUGAAUGUGUUAUCUCGUGUGAAUGUAAAUAUGUUUGUUC